ACCUGAAGCGCAGAACCCCGCAAGCGAUAGAAGGACCGCCUUCCUUAGACUCGCCCACUGGGUCAGAAAAUGCCCGUAUGUGAACCACGUGACCGUUGUCUCCGUACGGAGACUCGGGGUUGGAGCGCAGUUUUUGAAUCGUUGCGGGACUCUCACAUACAAGUCUGAAUUACAUCUGAUACAAGUGGUCCAUCAUGUCGAGCAAGUUCCAGAAAAGAAGAACGUGUGAUUCCUCUAUGGACGUUGAUGAUCCCAAAGGCAAAAACACAGAGUUUUCUGCACAGCAAGCACUUGAUAAAAUGGCUGCAUGGCUUGACGGCGAUGGAUCUGAGACUGAAGUAGAGACUGACAGUGAUGAAGGUGAUGAUGAGCAUAACGUGUUUGUGGAGAGUGAUGCAUCUGAUGGUUCCGACCCUGAAUCUGAACAAGACACUAACACCAAGAGCAUGAUGUCCUGUUAUGAUGAUGACAACAACGAUGAUGAAGGUAAUGAAGUAGGUGCUAGAGGAAGACAAGUCCAAACCACAAAUGAUGAGACAUCUUCCUACAUUAGCAAUAAUGGACUUGUGUGGUUAUCAGCUGAUCCUCCUCGAAGGAAGACCAGACCUUGUAAUAUUCGUCACACCAAAGAAGGACCUUGUGGUAAGGCAAAACUGGUGGAGAGUGAAAUGGAUGCAUUCUUGUGUUUCAUUGAUCAUGAGAUCCUCAGUACGGUGAUUGAAAACACUAACAAGUAUGGGAGAAAAUAUAUGGUGUCCAAAGGAAGAGAUCCAAGUGCAUGGAUACCAGUUGAUGAAGUUGAAAUGAAAGCUGUGAUAGGAGUCUUGUAUCUGCUUGGUGUGUAUCGCUCGAAACACGAGUCUCUGAGAUCUCUGUGGUCCAGUGGUCACAGUGGUAGACCAGUCUUCAAUGCUGCCUUUAGCAUCAACAGGUUUGAGCAGAUUUUGGCAUUUAUGAGAUUUGAUGGCCAUGAAACAUGUGAGAUCAGAAAAGCCAAGGACAAAUUUGCUCCAUUUCAAUCCGUCUGGAAUGCAUUCAUCGAAAAUUGCAGGAAAAACUACAUGGUUGGUGCAUAUGUGACCAUUGAUGAACAGCUCAUCCCAUUUAGAGGACGCUGUAGCUUUCGGCAGUAUAUGCCCAAUAAACCUGACAAAUCUGGCAUGAAACUCUUUCUGAUGUGUGAUGUUGCAACGGCCUACACUUUCAACGGUCUACCGUAUGUUGGCUGUGAAGGCAAUCGGCAAAACAUUGGACUGGCAGACAGUGUAGUGAAGAAAUUGGUAGAGCCAGUACACCACUCUGGCAUAAAUGUCACCACUGACAGUUGGUUUACAAGUGCGGAACUUGCAGCUGAUUUGCUUUGUAAAAAAAUUACAUUGUUGGGAACAAUUCACCAGCGCAAACCAGAAGUUCCUCGUGAGUUUCUUCCCUGUAAGAGCAGAGCUGUAGGGUCAAGUCUGUUUGGUUUUUGCCAGAAGCUGGCCAUGGUGUCUUAUGUUCCAAAGAAAAACAAGGUGACUCUUCUUUUAUCCAGCAUGCAUGACAAGGAGGAGGUUGACCAGGUUUCUGGAAAGCCCAUGAUGAUCAUAGACUACAAUGAAACAAAGGGUGCUGUAGACCGUGUAGACCAACUGUGCCACAACUACAGUGUACAGAAGAGAACAAAGCGUUGGCCUUUAGCUUAUUUCUACCAUUGCCUCAACAUUGCUAGUAUAAAUGCAGAAGUUAUUUUCAUGGCGAAGUUUCCAGGUUGGGAAGCUAAGCAUCCUCACAGACGUCGCAUUUUCCUUAAGAACCUUGGCCUUCAGCUGCUGAAACCAUGGCUGGAGAGAAGGGUCCAGGUGGCAAAACUUCCAAGAGCAACCCAUGAUGCACUGAAAGUUUGUGGUGUUGUGAGAGAGAAGCCUGCAGAAGAAAAAGCUGUCAAAAAGCGCAGAAGAUGUCACAUUUGCCCAUCAUCGCAUGACCGCAAAACAAUAGACCGUUGCAGUGUGUGCCGAGAACCGUGCUGCUGUGACCAUAAGAACGUCACUGUUGUUUGUGACUAUUGUGUUGACUAA